UAAAUGACUAUAGCUAAAUUUGGAAGCAAUGGCCGCACCACAAACAUGUCUUCACAGACAUUUGUUAAGACAAUUUGCUUCGGUUUGGUUUAUUUUCAUUAUGAAAUAAACAAACGAUCCUUUACAAAGACAAUUAGAGAGGUAUUCAUUUCAAAAAAAGAUAUGUUAGUUUGAUCUGAUGUCCUACUUUAUCCGUACUAAUUGGCAAAAGCAAGCACAAAUGUCGAUGGAGUCCGUAAUAGAGGUGACGAGAUUGAGCAGGUGUGCCGAAUGGGUUGCUUUAUUCUUGUAAUAAUGUCUUUUCACCGCUAAGAGGCGGUAAAACACAAUGGAAAUAAGUCAGAAGUGCUCAAUGGGCACGAUUGCACUUGUUGUUAUGUGUCCCAAAGAGGCGGGUGUGAGCCAGAAUCACAAGACGUCCGAACAAAGAGCUCCAGCCCAUCCGAGUGGCAACGCCCCCUUAACCAGGAACGUGGCUGCCAUUGGUCAGAUGACGAGGAAGCGUGUCUGCUAUUGGCUGCGGGAUUUUGUCAUGGCCCGUCUGUUGUUCGGUUUGGGAGCAGGAGCGCCUUUGACAGCGGACUGCAAUUUUUGGAUUUGUGCGCUGUUGACGUGUGGACGCGAGAGUGUAUGAAGGAGGAGAAGAUGAAUGUGGAGGCUCUGAGUAGAGCAGAGCUGCUGACCCUCCUCAGUAUCUUGGAGGGAGAGCUCGAGGCCCAGGAGGUUGUCAUUCACGCCUUCAGGGCUCAACACAAAGAUGCUUUCAUCCAAGAGCGUUAUGGCCAGUAUGACCUCAGCGACCCUUUUCUGGCCUUACAACGGGACAGCAAAGCAGCAGAGCACCAAAACACACUCGCCCAAACUCACGCAAACCCUCUGGCUGUACUAAAACUGGUUAUGGCCCACUGCAAGAGGAUGCAGGAAAGGAUGAUGAGACAAUUGGCAGCGACUGAGAGCAGACACAGAAGGAUGAUAGCUGAUCUAGCGGAGGAGAAACUGCGGCAUGCCCAUCAAUCACAGAGCGACAAUUUCUCCUUGAUACUGCAAACAGAACGAGACGAACUGUUGCAACAGCUUGAAAUUGAGCGUGCAGCAGUGCGACGACUGGAGCGGGAACAGGAUCAAGCCGUAAGCCAGGCAGAGGAGUCGCUGACUCAGCAGCAACAGCUUUCAUCAACUCUCAGCAGAGAGCUCCAGAAAGCCAGCAGCCGAGCAGAGGAGGAGGCUCAGAAGGUCUACGGGCUCCGUACUUUGCUCCAAGAGGAGACAGGAGCUGUGGAAAAGCUACAGGCGCUCCUCCAAGAGGAAAAGAGCAGGGCGGCAGAACUGGAGGCUCAAACUAAGAGGAAACUCGCUGAUUUUACCACCGAGCAAGAGCAACUGAAAGCCGGACUCGUCAAGGAAGAGGAAAGGAGCAAGGACCUGAGGAGACAACUUGAAGAGCUGAAAAAGAGAUUGGCUGAAACCAGUGAGACCAAAGAGGGCCCAAAGGAGGCACUGGCAGUGGAAAAAGAGUCACCCUCCAAGAUGACACUUGUGCCCGCCUCGGUUCAGACUGAGCCUGAUGGAAAAGUAAUUGGCCCUGCAAAAACAAGCUCGAUGUCAAAGGUCAAUGGCCAUCACAUUCUCAAAGAGACAGAGGCAACUCAGGAUUGGAGAGGAACGGAAAACACAGGCGUGCUGGAAAACGGCACAGGAGCAAGCUUACACUCUCCUCUCCAUCCUCAUCCUCACACUUUUCCUCACUCGCCCUCCAGUACCGCCUCCUCUUCCCUCUCCUCUUCUCCCAUUUCCUCCCCAGUUUUGGCCAAACAUCUCAACAGCCCGGGUUUCCAUCAGUCCUCCUACCAGGCUGGAGUCAAUCAGCGAUUCCAGGCUGCCAGACACAAGUUUCAAAGCCAGGCGGAGCUGGAGCAGCAACAGCACAACGGACCCCUUUCCCCCAGGGACCUCUCGCCCACCAUCUCCUCCAACCCUCCCCCACCAGAGCACAGUGCAGUCAAGCAGCUGGCCCGCAACACGGUCACACAGGUGCUGUCCCGGUUCACUAGCCAGCAGGCUGGCGUCAAGCUGGUACCAAUGAGCAACUCUCCAUUUGGUACAGACUACCGUAAUUUAGCUGCGUCGCCUCCUGGGGGGAGAUCACCUUCCGGGCCUUUGUCUCCAGGUAUCCGUUCCCCUCUCAACCCUCGAUCGGAGAGGACUCAUCCUCCUCCGAUUCCCCCUAAGAAGCUAGGCAUGAGUCCGACUCCAGGCUCCCCGAGCCAUUCUGCCCAAACAAGCGUGUUCUCUGAGCUUUCAGGAAACUGUGGACCCAACAGCAGCGGGCAAGAAGAAGCAACAGAGCCGGACCUGGUUUUAUCUUCUUGCAGUUAAUGUCCACAUCAUACUGACAAACGCUGAAAACGCACACAAUAUGUGCUUGCCACACCGGCCGUGUCAUGUAAAAUCCAUCAGAAUUUUUGCAUAGCUGCCUCUCUGGAGGGCUGCACAUAAGACAGGCAAGGAAACAUCGAGCCAGAAAAUAUAAGCUUGCCAUGGCAUGUUUUGACUAGAAUGGAUGACACUGGCACCAGAAUAAGUCGCAGGACGAAGGAAUCAUCUGUGAUGAGUAAACCUCAUGCUGCUCACUGUCUGCGUUCAAAAAAUUGCACAGUAUCAAAUCUAGGGGAUGACAGAGGACGUCUGGAUCAGUGGCUCUCAAACAUUUUAUGGUCCGGGACCCCCCCCCGCAAAUUUGUAAUUGAACCUGAGGAUCCCCUGACUUCAACAUUGCAAAUGGUGGCGAGAGACCUUAUUAAUAUGCAAUGAAUUACACUCGUGAAGCAGUGGAAUUAGGGGGGAUGGGGGAGGAGUCCUGUACGCUCUUGGUAGUUUACGUUGAUAAAGGUCUCAGUCACAAUUAAUUAAAAUCAUCCUCUCUAUAUCAAUGCCACAGGAUCUUUUUUUUUUUUUAUAUAAAAGUACUUUAUUUUCACGGACCUGGUCUAGCUGACUUCAGCAAGGUCACGUUCCACCUGGAGGGAUCCCCUGCUCACAUCCUCGUGAGCCACUACCUCACUGCAACUGUAAACUGAGCUCUGUGAGACUGUUGAGGAGUUACCCAGUGUGCUUCUUAGGGUGGACAGCUGACCCGCUCCAGAUGUGGGCAUCGCCGCACAAGUGUCACAAAAGAAAGCAGUGCUAGUAUACUCAGGAUGCCUAGAAUCGACAGAUCUGUGGCAUUGCUAGUAGGCGCAAGUCUUUCUCACGGGAGCAGGUCAGUUUGGUAAUGUUGUACAAACCCAAUUCCAAUGAAGUUGGGACGUUGUGUUAAACAUACAAUGAUUUUCAAAUCGUGCUCAGCCUAUAUUUAAUUCAAUACACUACAAAGAUGAGAUAUUUAAUGUUCAAACUGAUUUACUUUAUUGUUAUUAGCAAAUAAUCAUUAACUUGGAAUUUUAAGGCUGCAACAUGUUCUAAAAAAGCUGGGACAGGUGGCAAAAAAGAAUGAGAAAGUUGAGGAACGCUCAUCAAACACCUGUUUGGAACAUCCAACAGGUGAACAGGCUAAUUGGGAACAGGUGGGUGCCAUGAUUGGGUAUAAAAGGAGCUUCCCUGAAUUGCUCAGUCAUUCACAAAUAAAGACGGGGCGAGGUUCACCUCUUUGUGAACAAGUGCGUGACAAAAUAGUCGAACAGUUUAAGGACAAUGUUCCUCAACAUACAAUUGCAAGGAAUUUAGGGAUUUCGUCAUCUACGGUCCAUAAUAUCAUCAAAAGGUUCAGAGAAUCUGGAGAAAUCACUGCAUGUAAGCGGCAAGGCCGAAAACAAACAUUGAAUGCCUGUGACCUUCGAUCCCUCAGGCGGUGGGUAAAGGAUAUCACCACAUGGGCUCAGGGACACUUCAGAAAACCAAUGUCAGUAAAUACAGUUUGGCGCUACAUCCGUAAGUGCAACUUGAAACUCUAUUAUGCAAAGCAAAAGCCAUUUAUCAACAACACCCAGAAACGCCGCCGGCUUCUCUGGGCCCGAGCUCAUCUAAGAUGGACUGAUGCAAAGUGGAAAAGUGUUCUGUGGUCCGAAGAGUCCAUAUUUCAAAUUGUUUUUGGAAAUUGUGGACGUCGUGUCCUCCGGGCCAAAGACAAAAAGAACCAUACGGACUGUUAUUGACGCAAAGUUCAAAAGCCAGCAUCUGUGAUGGUAUGUGGCUAUGUUAGUGCCAAUGGCAUGGGUAACUUACACAUCUGUGAAGGCACCAUCAAUGCUGAAAGGUACAUACAGGUUUUGGAGAAACAUAUGCUGCCAUCCAAGCGACGGCUUUUUCAUGGACGCCCCUGCUUAUUUCAGCAAGACAAUGCCAAACCACAUUCUGCACGUGUUACAACAGCGUGGCUUCGUAGUAAAAGAGUGCGGGUACUAGACUGGCCGGCCUGCAGUCUAGACCUGUCUCCCAUUUAAAUGUGUGGCGCAUUAUGAAGUGCAAAAUACGAGAACGGAGACCCCAGACUGUUGAACAGCUGAAGCUGUACAUCAAGCAAGAAUGGGAAAGAAUUCCACCUACAAAGCAAAUGCAGUUCCCAAACAUUUAUUGAAUGUUGUUAAAAGAAAAGGUGAUGCAACACAGUGGUAAACAUGACCCUGUCCCAUCUUUUUUGGAAUGUGUUGCAGCCAUAAAAUUCCAAGUUAAUGAUUAUUUGCUAAAAACAAAAAAAAAAAAAAAAAAAAAGAAAAAAACAUUUGCUGCAAAACUGUUUUAGUUGUAGAUGGGACAAAAAUAAAGAACCUCUUCGAAUGAGAGUAGUAGCUGCCACACAUCCACAGAAAAUAUUGAACUUUUUUGAAAGCUGCUUAAAGAAUAUUACAGUGGACAUUGAAUGCAGACAAGUAAAUGACUGCACCUUUUUUGAGUACACAGACCGCACUGCAAUACUGGAAAAAAAAUGUAUUUGUCUGUGUUCAUCAGGGAGCGCUCUACUUUAACCAAAUCAAAACCGGUGUCAUUUUGAUUCCUGUGACUACUGCAGCCAUUUGUGUCAUUCAUUGUAUUGUGUUUGAACAGAUUUUAUUCACUUUAGAAUAAUUUGUAUGUUUCAACAGAUUGUAUUUGCUUCAGAAUAAUUUGUAUGUUUGUGACACUGACCUUUUUACUUAGCUUUACAAUAAAAAAAGAGCACAAAGUCUGCAGAGGGGCCUUGUAGAGAUUCAGUCUCUCCCAGACAACUCAGCAAGAUCACUGAAGUAGCAGGAUGAGUCAGGAAUCAGACUAAUUCCUGGGGUAAAACAAUUCAAUAUUUUAGCUGCUAAUAAUUAAAAGUAUAAAUAAACUACAAUUUUGUGCUCA